AUGGCGGCCGGGGCUCGGGCCCCGCUGGCCCCGCUGGCACCGCUGGCACCGCUGCCGCCGCUGCCGCCGCUGCCGCCGCUGCCGCUGGUCCUGGCCGCGCUGGUGCUGCUGGCGCUGCCGGUGGCGGCGGGGUUGCCGCCCGGCCCCGAGGAGCAGUUGGUGGUGGCGGCGGCGCCGCGCUGGGGCUGGCAGAACGUGUCGUGCCCGGCCUGCCGGGUGCUGUUCGGGGCACUGGACCUGGCGCUGCAGCUGGAGCCGAACGUGGCCCGCGUGGGGCGCGUGGCGUCGCGGCUGUGCCAGGAGCUGCGGCUGGCGCGGCCGCCCGUGUGCCGCCAGGCCGUGCAGCUCUUCCAAGGAGACGUGGUGGCCGCCUGGGCGCGCUCCGUGCUGCGCCCGCCCGAGGCCUGCGGGCUGCUGCUGGGCCCCCGCUGCGGCCACUGGGACAUCCUGGGCGCCUGGAACCUGUCCCUGCCCGCUGCCCCCAAGCCGCCGGUGCGGCCGCCCGCGCCGCCGCCGCCCGGAGCGCCCACGGCCCGCAUCCUCUUCCUCACGGACCUGCACUGGGACCGUCAGUACGUGCCGGGCAGCGCCGCGGCCUGCCCCGACCCGCUGUGCUGCCGCGGGGCGCCCCGCGAGGGGCCGGGGGCGGCGGGCUUCUGGGGCUCCUACAGCAAGUGUGACCUUCCCCUGCACACCAUCGACUCGCUGCUGGCCCAGCUCCCCAACGGCACCGGGAACGGCACCGGCGGCUUCGCGGCAGCGUACUGGACCGGGGACAUCCCCGCGCACGACGUGUGGCAGCAGAGCCGCGGGGACCAGCUGCGGGCGCUGCGCACCGUGACGGCCCUGCUGCGCGCCCGCCUCGGCGGGCUGCGCGUCUUCCCCGCCGUGGGCAACCACGAGGCCACACCGGUGAACGCCUUCCCGCCGCCCUACGUGCGGGGCAACCGCUCGGCCGCGUGGCUGUACGACGCCAUGGCCGAGGCCUGGCAGCCCUGGCUGCCCCCCGCCGCCCUGCACACCCUGCGGGCUGGAGGGUUCUACACGGCACAGGUCUGGCCUGGUCUGCGCCUCGUCUCCCUCAACAUGAACUUCUGCUCCCAGGCCAACUUCUGGCUUCUCAUCAACGCCACUGACCCUGCAGGGCAGCUCCAGUGGCUCAUGGGGGUCCUGGCAGAUGCUGAGCGUGAUGGGGAGAAGGUGCACAUCAUCGGGCACAUCCCCCCAGCCCACUGUCUGCACAGCUGGAGCUGGAACUACUACCGCAUCAUCAGCAGGUUCGAGGGCACCAUCGCGGCGCAGUUUUUCGGGCACACGCAUCUGGACGAGUUCGAGUUGUUCUACGAUGAGGAGACGCUGACACGUCCUGUCUCCAUCGCCUUCGUCGCGCCAAGUGUCACCACCUACAUCAACCUCAAUCCCGGGUACCGCGUGUACGAGGUGGCCGGCUCCUACCCCGGCAGCUCCCACGCGGUCCUGGACCACGAGACCUUCAUCCUAAACCUGACGGAGGCCAACGCGGCGCCGCCGGGCACUGCCCCGCGCUGGCGGCGGCUCUACGGCGCGCGCGAGGCCUACGGGCUGCCCGCGGCCUUCCCCGCCGACUGGGACCAGCUGGUGCGGCGCAUGCAGGACGACGAGCCGCUCUUCCAGCUCUUCUGGUUCCACCUGCACAAGGGGCACCCGCCCCGCGAGCCCUGCGGCGGCCCCUGCAAGGCCGCCCUGCUCUGCGCCCUGCGCUCCGGCCGCGCCGCCGACCCCGCGCUCUGCCGGCCCCUGCGCCCCGCGCUGCCCUUCCCGCGCAUCCAGGAGCUCUGGCAGCAGCGGCGGCUCUGCUGAGCCAGGGGCCAGCAGGAGCAGGGGCUGGGACAUGGUCACAGUGGGAGCUCCUGGGACAUGGUGAUACCGGGAGCUCCCGGGACACGGUGACACCAAGAGCUCCCAAGAUGUGGUCACACCGGGAGCUCCCGGGAUAUGGUCACACCAGGAGCAGGGUCAGCAGUGGCCUAAGUGGAAGCAGGGCAGGGACAGGGUUACACAGGCAGCAAGAUUGUAGCCAGCACAGGUCACACAGGAGUGGGGCUGGGAGCGGGAUUGGUACAAGGUCACUGGGAGCAAGGCUGGGAUUGGCACGUGGUCCCCAUGUCCCACCACUUACACAAUAAAGACACAACAGACACCA